UCUAAUUUCAAAAGAGUGAAAAACAACAUAACCUAGAUGAGUGAAUAUCUUGUGUUUUAUCAAUAUGUUUAGAAAUAUCCUUCGUACCAGUCGUUGGCUGGCACGGCGGCAAAUUAAUAUAACGCCAUCAAUAUGCAGACAUUGGUCUAACAACGUAAAAUGCCACCACAUUCAAAGUGCAAGGAAUCGCCUGUGUAGUACUCAAAGUAUUCAACCAGAUUUGGAUCCUGUAGUUUUUGAUAAAGUGUGCAAUGAAACGUUGGAAUCUCUGUAUGAAUAUUUCGAAGAACUAAUCGAUAAAUCGUCCAAUUUGAAAGGCGCUGAUGUAACUUUCAGUGACGGAGUACUAACAGUAGCCCUAGGUCAGAACUAUGGGACCUAUGUAAUAAAUAGACAAACACCUAACAAGCAGAUCUGGUUAAGUUCACCCACCUCUGGUCCUAAACGAUAUGACCUGAUAUUAAAUGAUGGUGGAUACUGGAUAUACAAACAUGACGGAGUGACUUUACAUCAACUUUUGCAACAGGAAAUAUCUGAAAUUGCAAAGGACGUCAAUUUUAAAACAUGCACACAUGCUUUAGUUUAAUAUUGUUAUUAUUGCUGUAAUAUAAGUAGGUAUUAAAUUUUU